AUGUCUCGUGAAGAGUUUCCAUGCUAUUUAAGCGCUUUGGUGCCCGAGCUUAUCGAAAAUGUCCUACUACAUAUCGACUCAGUGCACGCCCUUGGCAACUUCAUCCUUGCCUCCCGCUACGUCCGUCGAGCUUUCAAGACCCGAAAACGCCACAUCAUCUGGCGCGUUCUGCACAACGAAAUCGGUCCUGUUUUGAAGGAUGCUGCUUUCCUUGGCCUCUUCCCUUAUGCUGACCCCGGCAGCAGCUUAGAUGUAAGAGCGAAGUUGGAUUAUUGGGAUGAGGUUCAUGACAAGGCUGCUCUAUACAGAGACAUGUUAGCCACACGGGUCGAAGAUAUGACGAUACCCAGUUCAGCGGAGCUAACCCAAAUCUGCCACACACUCCAUGACAUAGAUUUCCUUGUCAAAACUUACAUCGCCACGCGUCUGCCCCCAUUCAACGGCAAGGACCCGGCAACCGCGCCCCCAUCCGGCACGGAGAGAUUGCGGUUGUUUCGAGCCUUCUAUCGGCACCAGAUCAUCUGCAAUGCCUGGGCACCGACAAGGCGGGAAGCGAGCUGGCAUGAAAGGGACACAUGCGCCAUCGGUAACACUAGCGAACACAAUGGUCACCGUCUGGGUCUCUAUGCAGCGUUUGAGACUUGGGAGUUACAGCAGGUUGACCACGCCAACUAUUUCAUUACGCAGCUGUGCGUGGCACUCUGCCUCGCUACAGAUAAAGCAAAUCAGUCGAUGAGCGAAGCCACGUACAGUGAGAUUUUCUCACACGCUGACUGCCUUGUGCAGUACAUGCGAGAGCAAGCCAAUAUCACCGACAAUGCCCUCCGCGCCCUGUUACUACCAACGCGGAUACGCAGCCGACGAGCUUCCGGUCAAAUCAUUUCUUGUGAUGAAUAUUACAGGCGCUAUGACUUGAUCUGUCUUGAAUACGCCGUGCAGACCCACAGGCUGGAAAUUUUCCCAGAUCCAGAAAGGGAUCACCAUAACGUACAACAGCAACAGCAAGAUGAGGGUCGGGCAUCAAUCAACUUUGCCGGGGACGCCUUGAACAGCCCGCCAUACGGUUGGGUGGAUGCUCUGGACGGACACUACGUGAACUUUUUUGGACAAGCACUGGUCGAACUCGUUUCGCCGCCACCGCUUCCCGGCCAUGAAGAUGUGUAUUUCGAGCGACAUUCGUUUCUAGAACUGUGGAGGGGUGCUGGAUUUGCUCUUUGA